AGGUGAGGGACCGGUCGGCGGACAGAAUUUGGGAGCGGAACCAAAGCCAGGAGCAGGUGAGAAGGCCAAGGCCAGGAUGCCUAAACUUCAUGGGUUUGAUUUCUGGAAGACCACACUGAACAGUGCUCGAUAUGUGGUUGCUCCAAUGGUGGAUCAGAGUGAGCUUGCAUGGAGGUUACUCAGUCGUCGACAUGGUGCCCAACUCUGUUACACUCCCAUGCUUCAUGCCCAGGUGUUUGUCCGGGAUGCAAACUACAGAAAGGAGAAUUUGUAUAAUGAGGUGAAUGCAGAGGAUCGACCAUUAGUUGUUCAGUUCUGUGCAAAUGAUCCAGAAGUGUUUGUCCAAGCCUGUCUGCUGGCUCAGGAUUACUGCAAUGCCAUUGAUUUGAACUUGGGUUGUCCACAGAUGAUUGCAAAACGAGGGCACUAUGGAGCAUUUCUGCAGGAAGAAUGGGACUUACUACACAAAAUGCUUUCUGAGGCACAUAAGAGAAUCUCUGUUCCUAUCACAUGCAAAAUCCGGGUUUUCCCAGAAAUCAGUAAAACUGUGCAGUAUGCAAAGAUGUUGGAGAAAGCAGGUUGCCAGCUAUUAACUGUUCAUGGUCGUACCAAGGAACAAAAGGGACCUCUGACAGGUGUAGCAGACUGGGAACACAUAAAAGCUGUGAGGAAAGAAGUUAACAUCCCUGUUUUUGCAAACGGCAACAUCCAGUACCUGAGCGAUGUAGAGCGAUGCAUUCAGGAAACGGACGUACAAGGUGUAAUGAGUGCGGAGGGCAAUCUUCAUAAUCCAGCUCUUUUUGAAGGCCGCAAGCCACCUGUAUGGGAGAUGGCAGAAGAGUAUUUGGAGAUUGUCAACCAAUAUCCUUGUCCACUUUCAUUUGUUAGAGCUCAUCUCUUCAAACUCUGGCAUCACACGUUGCAGGUGUACCAUGAAUUACGGGAGGAGUUGGCAAAGGUGAAGACACUGGAAGCCAUUGUAGAGGUCAACAAAGAACUUAAGCGGAAGUGUCUGGCUGAAAUAUCUAAUUGGAAGGAAGAAGAGGCACAAGAAAACAAAUUGCCUCUCCCUCACUGGAUUUGUCAACCAUAUGUCCGACCAGGACCCAAGGAUGUUAAUUCUGUGAAUGGAGAAAAGCAUGUACGUGGGAAAUCUUGUGGAAAAAGAUCCCUGGAAGAGGAGGAUGGGAAUCUUGAAUUACUUUCAAAGAAUAAACAGAAAAAGAAAGCCCGAAACCCAAACAAAAGUUUUGAUACCUCAGUGAAACCUAAAUAUGUGAAAUGUGAACAAUGUGGAAACCCAAAGGUAAAUUUGUGCUUGUUCAUGUGCUGUGCAGGUUCAUGGACAGAAUUUAGCCAGAAUAGCCACUAAUUCUGUAGAAGGUUUUGAGCCAUAGUGGGUAGUGUCCCUGGCUCUGAAUCAGAAAUUUCAGGUUCUAAGUCCCACCCCAGGAUUGGCUGGCCAACGAUGCUAUGUUCAUAAUGUGGCCAAACAGCGUGAAUGUCACCUCAUAAAUCUUUCAAACAUGUGCCAAUGACAGGCACUUAAGAAAGGGAGAGACUCUUAGUCAGCCAACUAUGGAAAACAAUGGCAAAUCAAUGCAGUCACUUGCCCAGCAAAACUAUAGACAAACACAGAAGUCCAUGGUUAUCAAUGCCCUUUCACAACAUGGUGCCUGAAGAGUGAUACAAUCAUUAAACCUAAAAUAUGCCCAAACUGGUAAAUUCAAUCUGUAUUGUAUCAAGGAAACUGCAAGUUCGGUUUUCUUCUAUUUCCUGUGCAAACCGCUGUGACCCAUUACUUUAAUGGAAACAUCUGCUUGGUUCAAAACUGGAAUUAAAAAAACUAAGGAUGUGAGAAGCAUCAGAUCUGUUAGAUCUGCUGAAUGUAAACUUUGGAAACAGUGCCAAAACAUCAUAACUGCAAAUGCCCUUCUUUGUUAUAGACUGUCUAAGAGCAACAGAUUAAAUUUAACUUUGGUUUUCAUGGGUGGUAUUUUAAACAUUGCAGUGUCUGUGCCAUCUAUCAGAAUGUUUGUAUCUUAUUACCUUAUUGCUGCAGUCAUAUUUUUGUGGCCCAGGUCUUCUAGUCUCUGGAUGGUGAGAAGGGACUUCUCCGAAGUCCUGGUGCAUGGACUCCACAGGAAUCACCUGGCUAAUGUAAAUUUCUGCUGGGUGAUUCCUCAGCUCCCCGGGAUCCUACACAAAUGAUUCCAGCUCCAAAUUAGAGCCUGAAUCUUAGCAGAGUUCCAACUUAUUUACCUGGAUUGUUAUGCAGGAAAUAUUAGAAGGAUUAAGGUCAUGUCUAAUUCCUGGAUAAUUAUACAAUUGACCCUCCUAACCCCUCAAAUCCUCCCAAACUCAGCUUACCCAUCAUACUGCCCUCAUGCACUAACGCACCAAAAAGCUAUUAAAAAUGUUGCAAAGCUUUUCAGGAUGCAGCAACUAGUGAUGCAAAAAGAGGGGCACAGUUUGUCUUCUCUUUGACAAUCCUGUGCUGUGAUGGAUUUUGAUGGAAGUUUGCUCCUCAUUUUGAAAGAGGCUGAGUUCAGAAGUCCUGCCAGAAAUGUGCAGCUCUGACACUGGGAGCAGAGUGGCAGUCCUCCUCAAAAAAUGAGGCCUAAAAGCUUGUGAAAAUAACUACUAACCAACAAGGCAGGAUAUUCUUAACAAUAAACCUUAGUAUGAGCUCGGGAAUUUGUUUAGUUUGAUAACAGUUCUUCACAUAUUGUCUCCAGUGACUGAGAUUGAUUCUUUGGGAAAUGGAGCCAUUCAGACUAUGGAGGUCCCACAUUUUAUCAAUGGUCUGCACCAACUCAAUUAACCACAAUUAGCGUGACACGUGAGGAAUUACAAUUGCCCUCAGUUCUUCAGUUAGGGAGGGAAACAUUAGCUAGGUUUUUUUAACCUCCAUUUGCUAGCCAGUUACUGCUGCUUGAAUAUGUGGAUAAUGCAUAAAGACAAGAAUAAUGGAAGUUUGGGGUUUUGCAAGAAAGCUGCUGGCACUAUAGGGACAAUCAGUUAGGAGUCAAGUGCUUCAGAA